AUGCGAUUGGCUCUUAAACACAUGGGGGAGUUAAUGGAAUCUUUGAACGAAAAUCAACGGGGGGCUGUCCGAAACAUAGGUUUCGGGUCAAUACUUAGCUUUCGAAUGGGUCCGAUUCCCUCAACUCUGAGUUGGUGGUUGGUAAAUAAUUACGACACUAAAACACGGGUGUUGAAUUGCGGUAGCCACCACAUUCAAAUAACAGAGGAAUUGGUGCACGAUGUGUUCGGAGUACCGAGAGGGAACGAAGAAAUAAAGGAAGUAGCGAGAGCAAGGGCUGAUUUCCACGAGGUUGUGGCAGAAUGGAAAGCACAAUUCGAAAGUGAUCCUGCACGCUUGACGCCUGUUCAGUUCAAAACAUACAUGCAGGGGCAACAAGCGAGCGGACGGAUCUUUGUGUUGAACUUUUUGUUGUUCUACAACACACUUCUGGGAGAGACAACUACGAAUUCAUCAAUUAAUAUGAAGUUUUUACCAGCAUUGCAUCGAGGGAAGGAUAUCAAAAGUUUUAACUGGUGUGAGUACAUGAUCAGGUGUCUGGAUCGAACGGUGGAAGCAUGGACACCAAAGGAGCCCUUCCUUGGACCAAUGCCAUUGCUAGUGGCUGCGUUGAUACGUGACCAGAAGAUAUACAAAGAAGGUGAACAAAGAGCAGCGCAUCUCAUCGAAGAUAUCAAUGAUGACGAUAUCGAGGCAGUGAGCAUAAAGUUGGACUCGGUCAGAUUAGAUCAAAUCUUAGUGGAAGAGUACGAGUUGCAACCGGAACAAAGGUAUCCAUUUGCAAAAAAGAGUGAUGAUGACAUCGAAGCAGAAGUAGUGAAAACAAAGAAAAAAGAUGAACCGAAGGCUGAAAAACACAUUACCAAGUGUGUUCCGGAAAAAAAGAAAAAAACAUUCGUAAAGCCGGCCGGUAAAGCACAUGGUAAACCUCCGGUCUCACCGUCACCGAACAAAAAAAACAGACUGAAAAGAAGCUGCCGAAAGCCGGAGAGGCUGGGAAGAAGAAAAUUUUAA